AUGGCCCCUGCCAGAAUCUCAUUUUUACGGGGCCCCCGAAGCUAUCCUAGCCUAAACCUAAACAGCUGCAGGAAAGCAAGCCCUAAACCCAAAACUCUAAACCCUAAACCCCUAAACCCUAAACCGUCUUUCAAGGAAAACGCGCAAGGUGGCGAGUUGAAGGCAGUCCUUGUCGGGCAGGUUGCUAGAGCCUUGACCAUCUAUGGGGUGGACGAGGUGGUGAUCUUCGAGGAUCGAUCAGACGCGGCAGAGAGUGAAGAGGACGGCGUGUCCAACAGUAUGGCUUUCUUCGCCCGGAAUCUGCAAUACCUGGAGACUCCUCAGUAUUUGAGAAAGCAGCUUGUGCCAGUUCACAAGGACCUGAAGUGGGUGGGCUUGCUGGCGCCACUGGAUGCUCCGCAUCACUUGCGAAAGUACGAGAACCUUCCGUACCGAGAAGGAGUAGUGCUCAAGAAGCAGAUGGAUCGCCCACAAAUGGAAGGCGAUGAGGAGGAGAGUGGCUGCUUGGCCCGGCAUGUAUCCACCUACAAGCAUCGUGCUGUCCAUCUGGCACGCGACUACGUGCAGGACCACGUCCCAGCAGAGUUAGGAAAAGAAUGCCCAUGGGAGGGUGGCUACGACCUCACGAUCGGCACCUCUGAGCGUGGUGAGUCGCUGGGGCUGGGGCGAUUGCCCAAAUUCAGGCAUUUGCUGCUGGCCUUUGGCGGCCUCGGAGGAUUUGAAGAGGUCCUUGCUGACGCAAAGAGUGGCUACGAGGCCGACACGGACGCGGCGUCUCUUUUCAGCCGAUACGUGAAUGUAUGCCCACGUCAAAUGUCUCGGACAAUACGAACGGAGGAGGCGCUGCUCAUAGCUCUGGCAAUCCUAGAUCCGCUUAUUGCCGAGAAGUGA